UAUUCCCAAUUUCGACAUUUCAGAACUGAGGAAAAAUUGCUGGAAUAUCCAAUAUUUAGGGAUUCCAGCCUGUCGAAUUAGAUAUAUUCAUUCAACAUAUGUCACGGAUUGCUCCUGGGCCUAUAAUUCUGCUACAGGUAGCGGAAUUUUUGCACUAUGGCCGCCGCGGCAGUGAUGGAAAACAGUCGCUGUCAUGUUGCACAAUUUUUGCAGGGCCAACACCUUGCAGGGAAAUUUCAUGAACUGUUUACGGAGCAAGAUGAGAGUAAUAGGAAGAAAAGUGAUAAGAAGAAGCCAAUUAAGAAGAGGGCUAAGGCCAAUAAGGGCAAGGAUAAAGGGAAGCAAGCGAAGCGGGAUAAAAGUCCUGAACCAGUCGAAACCGCACCGCCAUACCUAGAGCUGCAUGGCAACCCUUCAGCAUUCAACGUGUUCUGUACGAUCCGUCAGUGCGUUCUCGAUCACCAGGCCCGGGAUUCGAUACGAGCGUUUGCAGCGGCUCAUGGCACUGGGAUAUCGGAGGGAGAAAGCGAUGAGGAGGAGGAUAAGAUGAAGGAGUCCAUGUUGAAGAUGCCAAAGAUUGUUGGCCUCGGUUUGUGUGGCGUAUUCGAGCUGAUCAAGGAGACCAAAAUGAGUCAUGCGAGUCUGUGCACCAGGGCGUUACAGGCAUUGCUCGAUAUGCUUCAGGGUCAGAUGCCAGAGGGUAUGAAGUGUGAGCCUGGGGAGGUCGUUGAUUCUCUUUAUUAUCUCCUGAUGGAUCUCACAACCAAGCCAAAUCCCGACACCAGCAUCGGUUGUUACAGCCUCAAUGCCGUUGCGUGUGCCUGCCUCAUCUCGCUGGUCAUAGCACGUGGCGAGACGGGGAAGCUUCUCUCGGCCGUCGCUGCGAUGCUCAUGAGUCCAGCCGCCCUGGCGUCACAGGACGUCAAGGUCCCUGGUAUCCUGACGUCCUUGCAGCGAAGUGUUCAGUCGGUGCUACUCGGAAGGACAGCACAUCCUGAUUGGCUAAAUAAUGGAAUACCGCAGAAAGCGCAAACAGAGACUAUAAAAUUAGCUGAUUCUAGACCAAAUAAAUCUGGAAGUUAUAAAGUGUCAACCAAAUCUGCUGCUGAUGGAGGUUUCCUCCAUAGUGCCAUAGCUACCGAUGGCAAGUACUUGUACCUCCACACGAGGGAGGGUCUUCAAAAGAUAGGCUCGGGCUACAAUAGCACUAUAAAAGGUCACAUUUAUAUGUCCAGGCCUGACUUUCAUCCGAGACAGAAAGGUUGGCUGGCUUUUGCAAAGGGCAUGCUGUUCUUUAAGGACACAGAGAGCUCUUCAUCAUCAUUAUCUGUGAUAAAUACGGACACUCUGGAAGAGGAGAAACAUUACCUGUUUGAAGGCAAUAAUAUAGGCUCGAAUAUCCUCUUCAGUGAUGGUGACUACAUAGGCAGGCUCGCAGCUACGAAAGAUGAUAGCUUUGUGGUGCGGACGUACAACCCUGUGUGUAGUCCUAUGCCAAUAGUCAAUGAAAUACCUCUCAAGUUAGCUAGGAAGUGCUUGGAUACAUUUGGAUCAUCUACAUUUGAUCCGCUGACCGAUAUGCGCACGAUAUGUACUAACCAUGAGGAGGAGGCCGUAGCUAUCGCUGCAGGGAAGGAGUUUGCCUUGAUCAAGACCACCUCGGGAAAGAUUCUAUUCACUGGUAAAGCACAGGUGCUAGGAAUCAAACACGGAGGUCCAGCAGCAGGGAAGUGGGCAGAGCUGUCUAUUACCAAAUCUCCAAAGAUUGUACAGUUUUCCAUCGGGCAUGAGGGGAUGCAUGCCCUGUUGGUUGCGGACGAUGGGAGCGUGUUCUUUACGGGUACCCCCAAGAGGGGAGAGGAUGGUGACUCAGGGAUUGUUGAAGGCCGUCGUGCGCUGAAGCCUACUAAGCCGAAGAAGAUGAUAAAGUUGGAAAGUAAAGUCAUCACGUCGUCGUCUUGUAACUACGGCACUUCUGCCGUGGUGACAAAGGAUGGGGAGGUGUUCAUGUUCGGCAAGGAUACCAUGCACUGUGAUCAUGCUAGCGGCCAUGUGACUGACCUGAAGGAUGUGGCAGUCAUGACGAUAACUCUCGGCAAGGCUCACGCGGUCGCCUUAACCAACGAUGGUCAGAUCUACACGUUUGGUCUCAAUAAUAAGGGCCAGUGUGGCAGAGACGUUUCUCUGGGAGCAUCUAAAGAAGCUAGCAACAAUGUGACCAUGGCCGACGAAGAAGAGGACAUUGAGGUGGACGACUUGAUCUGUGCCCCGGGCGCCCACAAGUGGAAGAACCACGAAUGCAUGAUCUGUACGCUCUGUGGGGAGUGCACGGGUUACGGCAAUAGCUGCGUCAACAGUGGCAUGCCUGCCAGGAAUCCUGGACAGCCUUGUGGAUGUGGAUCCGGAGAGUCUGGCUGCUCCGAGUGCGGCUGUUGUAAGACCUGUGCUGGAGAGCCCCAGGACCCAGAGAAAGGCGACAUAGGAAUCCUGGAAGCCAUCACCAAGAACAAGGACGACAUACCAUUCGAUUUGCUUGUCGGUAAGCAGAUCACUCUAGAUGUAAAAGAAAUUCGCGCUAAGAGUAGAAGUUGCGUUCAACCAAGAGAUAGCGGCAUUCUUGGGCGAAUUGGUGCAAGAAAUCUCGACCAGUUGACAAGAAAGAUCGAAGAAAAGAGACAAAAACUAAAGGCCAAGGCUGUUGCCAGGCAACAGAAGGUGGUCAAAGGGAUGGCACAGGCCUCAGGAGGUGAAGGCAGCAGUGACCAUGAGCAGGAUCAUGCCAAGACUGUCAGCUUGCCUCCGGCACAGGUGGUAGUCGGGACAGGGGAACGCCCAGUGGUUCAGGUCUCUUGUGGUCUUCAUCACACUGUACUUCUUCUGGAUAAUGGUGAUGUGUACACAUUUGGAAGCAACCAGUAUGGUCAGCUGGGACUGGGGGAUACCACAACAAGGGGUACCCCAACCUUAGUUCCCCUCAACACCAAGGUAGUCCAAGUGGUAGCAGGAAGUUCUCACACUGUCGUCCUAACCAGUAGCGGUAUGAUCUACACGUUUGGUGCGUAUCAGAAAUCACAACUUGGUCGACCGGGCCCUGAUGAGAAUCAAGCAAAGGACAAGAAGAGGUUGUGGUACGCAACGCCAGCACCGGUCCCAGGGAUUGGUGCAAAGUUUGGGCGUCGCGCAACCUGGAUCGGAGCAAGUGGAGACCAGACCUUCUUGCGUAUAGACGAAUCACUAAUCAACGCCCACACCCUGUCGAGAUCGAAUAUCUUCUCCAACCAAACGUGUAUCGGCCUGAUCCCGAUGGGUGACGACUCGCCGAUGAUGAUUAGGUGUUUGAUCAUCAGCAAGCAGGAUGGGACUUGUAAGAGCUUUAGUAGCCAUGACCAGGCCGAUCUCAGCAACCAGAGUGUUUGUCUGGAUCCAUUCUUUGAUGUGUUGUGGAGCUACAACCCCAAGAAGAGACACAUCCUGUGUUAUAACCUACUGAGGUGCGAGGUGCGCGAGGCCCGGCCCUCCAUUGACCAAAUCGUCAGCCCUGAGUUAGCUGUGCCGUGUAAACCAGGGACGAUCACAUCGAGGAGCAACUGUGCACUCUACUUGCUAGGUUGUCUUGAUACUCUGACCACUGCCAACAGAAUGGGUGUGACUGUGAUUGAAGAAGACAGGGAGAAGGCAUUGGCCAGCAAAACGUACAGCAAGGAAGACUUCAGUGUCGUCAAUCGGUUCAAAAGUCAUGGUGGUGGAUGGGGCUACUCUGACCAUUCCGUCGAAGCAAUCCGAUUCUCAGCCGACUCUGACAUCUUACUUGGUGGAUUUGGUUUGUUUGGAGGAAGGGGGCUCUACUUUGGCAAGAUCAAGCUGUUUGACCUCGGUCCUGAUGGGGGCGAGAAUGAAAGCUUUGGAGACCUUUUGGCAGAAACGGAGGAGAUACCAUUUGAAUGUGGUGCCAGGGAGAAAUACCCAAUCCUGUUCGAUGAGCCCAUCCCACUCCAGGCAAACUCUUGGUACUGUUCGUGGGCCCGCGUCUCUGGCCCAAGUAGCGAUUGCGGAUCAAGCGGGCAAUACAGCAUCGUAACAGAAGACCAGGUUGUGUUCAAAUUCAAGAGUUCCAAAAAGUCUAACAACGGUACCGACGUGAAUGCCGGUCAGAUUCCUCAGAUCCUCUACCGACUACCCACGCAUGAGAGCGGUUUGAACAGCAGGAAGUAUUACCCACAGGAGUUCGUCCAUAUACUCAGCAAGGAUUUCUCCAAGACGGUCUCGCCUGACUGUUUUGAAUCGUUACUCAAACUCCUUCACUGGAGUUGGAACACGUUCAACGCCGUCCUGAUGGAGAUGGACCAACUCCAAGGAACCAACAUGACCGCCGCACUCCUCGACCUGGAGAGGCUUGUUUACAUCACCAUGGCAACGCUACGUCUCAUCAGCACGUUUAUCUGUGAGGUUUAUCCAAUAGGAGCAUCCAAGAAAAGUCCCCAGGAAACCGGGAAAUUGGCGGAGGCAGUUGGUGAGACCAGGAUGCUACUGCGCCGGAUCCUGUCAGAAAAUCGGCCGAAGAUGCUGAUAAGGAAAUCGACCAAUCACGGUGCUCCAUUGCCUCGGUAUCUACAGCUGCCAGAUCAGAUCCUUGAGGAGUGUCACAGGACGUUUGUGGCGUGUUUCCACGCAUUUUAUCCGACAGGGACACUCAAGUGGAUUUGUCUGUGUGACCUUCUGAAUUUCAUGGACCCGAGCUACCACGAUGUGGAAGGAUUCGGACGUCUGCUAGCAGCUGUGAUGGAAGCCCUGUGCCACCCGACUGUCAAGCUGACCAGCGUCUUGCCAAUUAAUUGUGAACACGAAACGGAACUCCUCCUCAAACAGCAGUACAAGGUCGACGACAAUGAAGCCGACUCACCCCAGAGUGGUGACCUGUCAUGUUUCCCACUUCUCGUCUCCCACAUGACACAUCGUACGGAGAUCGAGGGAAUCGGGACGACGCACUUCAGCUUCAAGGAGGUGCUGGAUAAGCUGAUGUCAAUCAUUGUGUUGCCAGUUCGACAGGCUAUGAAGCAGGAACACGUGAUCUAUCCGUCUCGACUCGUGUCGAACACGUGUAGCCUACUGGCUGCUGUCAUCAGUGAGCUGACAUCGUCUGCAACUGGACACGAGGUUGACACAACGCACUCUACGACUCGCCCUUUGUACACGACGCCAAACCGCUUCACCAGAAUGAGCCAGAGUGCGUACUGGAAUCCAGGCAAUGGAAGCCCUGACUCCGUCUGCUUCUCUGUGGACCGCCAAGGCAUUGUGAUAGCAGGAGUUGGAGUCUACGGAGGGGGCCCACACUAUGACUAUGAGCUGGAGCUUUUAGAUGAGAUCACCCAAUUAAAUCAAAAUGAAAAUGGUGCUGACCCAUCUCACACGCAGCGCUGGAACAGUAUCGAGAUCGUCAAAGGGUCCUACGGAGGGGACGACUGCGUCAACAAUAUCGCCGAACUAAAAUUCGAACGACCUAUCCCCAUCAAAGAAACAACAAAGUAUGCCAUACGGUUGCGUAAUCACGGUUCGCGGACGUAUAAUGGCGAUGGUGGCAUGGCGAAAGUCAAGUGUGCCGAUGGAACGACAUUUUCGUUUAGUGCCUGCUCGUUGAGUAGUAACGGGACAAACCACACGAGAGGACAAAUUCCUCACGUGCUUUACUAUAGUGCGCCUCAAGAAGGAGAAAAUCGUGCCCAAAGCAGUAAGCUCCUGGCUGAGUAUCAAGCCAGGAAGAAUGCCAUCACACUCGUCAGCACCAUGGUGCGGACGUCUGCCGACCUGCUCCACAGGGCACAGGGAUAUGUCGACAACUCGUUUAGCUCGGUGCUGGGGAAGGCACACAUCUUCUCAUCUCUCUUGCCUUUGGUGUUCUCUUAUAUUGGACCAGUUGCUGCUCUUGAUCCCAGGAGUGCGGUCCAGGUUCUAAAUCUUGUCCAAGAAAUCUUGCCUCCAGCUGCCGCGUUAAACAGUCAGGGUCUCCCCGCGUCUCCGAAGCAUCGCUCGCUUGAACCAGGCGCCUCGCAGGAGAACACGACCACAUCACAACACUACGCUGUCGUGGAGAGUGACCAUCCUUAUAAACCAGCUACAGUGGCCAACUACAAGGUAUCCUUCCCUGAGUGUGUGAAGUGGAUGUCCCUUGAGUUCGACCCGCAGUGUGGUACAGCCCAGGCCGAGGACACCUUACAGAUCUACAUCCCGUGUAAAAGAUAUCGCUUACCGGGGCAAAAGGAUGGUGCAGAGAAGCACAAAGACCUUCAAGACAGCGUACCGGUCCUCAAGAAGUUUAAUGGGCUUACCAACUGGCCGUGUUUGGCUCUGCUUCUCCCUGGCAAUGAAGUGAGCUUCUCCCUCGAGACCGCCUCAGAUUAUGUGAAGGAUGACAAGGCCUGUUUCUAUGGGUUUAAGUGUUCCAUCGUUGGUUAUGAGUGGCCAGUGAAGCCUGAUGAGGGUAUUGUGCAACUCGAGAAGGCCAUUGCGUACCUUGGUGGCAUGUGUGCGUCAUCUCUGAUGAGGAAGGACAUCAUCUUACCCCCUGUCUCCCUGGACGAAGCCGAUGAGGACAUGGACUUCAUUGAAGAGAGUUCGGAUCAGGUGUUCCAGGCCCACCCUUGCCUCCUCAGUCGGGGCUUCGCCCUCUCCCACCCACUGAACAUCAGCCAAGCUCUUGAGGGUAGCCUCCCCUUCAGCUGGCAAUCUAAUGAGAGAGCAUUCCUCAAGGACUUUGUAGCCUGCACACCUGGCACAAGCGGGGGACGGUUAGCGAGGUGGCUUCAGCCAGAUUCUUACCUGGACCCAAAGCAGUGUGAUAUAGUCUACAGCAAAGAGGAACUGAGGUGUAGCUGGCCUGCUGUGAUCACCGUGAUCACCAAAGACCAAUACGGGCAGGUGGUCAUGGUGCCAAAUCUCAAAGUUGAAGUAAAAGCAGUGCCGAUCGAACACAAAGACUCCUUGGAUGAUGAACAUAAGAAGUUACGACGUCUGAGCAAACAGGAUGAUAUCAACUCGAUGACGUUUGGUGGUCAUCCACCGCCGCGGUUGGAUAUGCCGUAUGAUGUGACACUCAAAGACAAGAAGGAUGCCUUCCAUGCCAUUUGUAUGAUGAAGGCCUAUGAGAACUACUCGUUUGAAGAGCUGCGCUUCGCAUCCCCAGCUGUGAGACGACCAAGUGAGAAUAUGUUGGUCAGAGCUAACAAUGAUGGCACUUACUGUGCUAACUGGACACCUGGUAGUAUAGGAUGGUACAACCUUCAUGUCACUAUUGACGGGUUUGAGACGGGCGAUGCGUACAAAGUUGAUGUCAAGGAGCCACCCCAGGGAGUCGUCCCGCCAAACCAGGGCGCCAGCAUCAAGAAACCAAGCCAUCAGCCGAGCAAGAUGAGGAAGUUUGUCGCAAAGUAUAGUGCUGGUCUCCGUGUCCGUCAGAAUCCCUCGCUGCAGAGUGAACAGAUCGGAAUCAUCAAACCAAACGGGAUCCUCGGAUUCACUGAUGAGAUUCAUAAUGAUGAUGGUGUCUGGGUUCGCCUGAGUGCUGACUCCAUCAGAAAAUGGUGCACGAGUGGCCAAAGUGAGGCCUGGUGUCUACAAUACAACCAGCACUUAGGCAAGACCCUCCUUGUCCCUGUGGAGGAACCCAAGUCAAUACUGGAUGAGAUUAUCAAGGAGAGGAUACUCCGUCGUCUGCCAGAGUUGAUCGGGGACCGACGGAGGGAGAAACGCGGUGGGCCGGGACUUUACCAGGUUGUGAAAUGUGGUUCGUCUGGACAUAAUGUGCGAUGCCGUGCGAGUAUGAAGGCGACCCCUAUUGGCAUGCUGGUGCUGGGGAAUCAAAUAAUGGUUGUGGAGGAUUGUGUGAACUCCGAAGGGACGUGGGUCAAAAUGGAUCAAGACAGUCGACAGCGAUACUGUCACGAAACGGAGGGUGAGGCCUGGUCUCUUGCGCGGGGACCAGACGACAUCGAGUACCUACAACAUGAAUGUGAGCUCAGUAGCGAAUCAGACGAGGCCAAGUUUGGUUUUGGGAGUGGCGACGAAGCUCGGGGGUUCGACUUCUCGAAUGCUGCCCAGCAGGUGCCAGCGUUCAAUGGAUUUGGUUCAGAUCAGCAUGACAAUGACAAAACGCCCGGUUCCAUGGAUGGCUCGUUCACGAGUGGUAGUAGUCCAUUCAUAUUUGGCCAUCAGGCACCCGGACGAAGCCAGUCAAGCCUGACGUUCGGCGACCCACAAGUCAAAUACGAUGGUAAAGAUGUCAACCAACCUGUGCCUGGCCCGUCGUUUGGUACCCCCCAUCACCACGGCAGCCCCAAGAUGAUGAACGGACACAUCCCUGGACAUGAUAAACCCGGGCUCAAACCAGGCGCCAGUAAACCUAAGGAUCAGGCAUCGCCACAGCUCGGUUCGUCGCCGAAGAUCUACACGACCGCCGAGAGGGCAGAUCUGCCUCCAGAGCUACAGGGCGUCUCGGUUAAGGACUUAGUCAAGGCAUUAGGCAAAGUCAGGCAGGAGAAGCACCUCAGGCAACAAGCCGAGAAAGCCUUAGAGAGACCUGACCAGAUGGCCCCUGAGUACACGCCACCUGUGACCCCAGAGCGGAAGACUCUCGCUCAGCGGUUGCAUCCGUGUGAGCUCAGGGGCGUCUCGGUCAAAGAUAUUAUUAAGGUCAUAGGUGAGAGCCGAGCCAAUGGUAAUGGAGCAACGCCACCUCAGACACCGCCUGGUACACCCAAGAAAACGAUGUCAAGAAGUUCAAGCCCUAGGCCUAUACCUGGUGCCACAAAGAAAGACUCGCUCAGUUCCAGUCCACUGCAUUCCCUCUCGCCACGACGGGACCCCACCCUUGCUCCCGACUCACCACGCAGGGCAGAGAGUGGUGCCAGUGCCUACUCAACGCCUCCUCAGACCCCUCCCAUCCUUGGAUCUUCACCCAUGGGAAGCCCCAGAUUCGGCUCACCGACUUGCCUUGGUGGCAGUAGUGCAGAGGGCCCACACCUCACGGAGAGCCCAUUGACUGGGAGCCCACUUCGAGUUCCCGCAGGGAAGACAGUUGCUCAGGUCAAGCCUACUAUCCCAGCAGGGCCUCAUGAUGGCGUGAAGGGUCAUUUCAAUAUCGGGAUGUCACCGCCCAAGUGUGACGAUACUGUAAGGCUCUCCCCAAAGACUGGAAGGAAGGAUCGCUCCAGACAACUGAGGUCAAAGCGAGAACGUGCCGCAUCACCAGUGUCCAAGGACAAGACGUCAUCAGUUUCAAGUUCCCGAUCAAGUUCGUUACAACGAGAGCCAACAAAACCACCUCCAGACCCGAUAAAGGAGGCUUUGUCUCCCACUGUUGCUGAGUGUCUGCGGGCAGUGUUUGCGGCCUUCCUGUGGCAUGAGGGAAUUGUCCAUGAUGCAAUGGCCUGCGCAUCUUUCCUCAAGUUCCAUCCAACUCUGACGAAAGAGCUCGGUGGUCGGGAGCGGGAAAAAACCAACGAUAUGUCGUCGCUUGAAAGGAAUCGGGAGAGAGAGGAGCGUUCAAGGAAUCGUUACUCAGCGGAGGUAACAAUGGAGCAACGUGAUCAGUUGGCGGUAUCAGUGGACCAGGUCGUUAAUAAUAGGAACAUUAAUAAAAACCAGUUCAUCAACAAACAAACAACAAACUCACCACAACGAUCGUUGGAAGUUCUAUCAUUUUUGCGUGACAGACAUAAGUCAGAAGGGGAUGGGUUAAAUGCGGAUAAGGAUCUCUCCGAUAUUGACGAUUUUGAAAAUGAAAUUGAGUCUGAUCUUCCCCCAACCAUGCAACACCUUGUCUACUUCUGGGAAGAGUUAGUGGAAUUAACUUUGAAAAUUAUCAAUCAGAAUUUGAUCUUGCCGAGUCCGGCAGUCGGGACGCGGAUGAAAAAGAACGAUAAGAAAGACAAGGAGAAGAAAGAGGAGAAAAAGGGGAAAAAGAAAAAAGAUGGAAAAGCGCCAUCUGGGCGUGGAAAUCUUUUUGGGGAGGCGGCCGCUGGUGCUGAUGGUGUCCGUGGAGGUGAUCGGGAAUCCGUUUGCGAGCUUUGCGGGGGUGUCUACCCCUAUCCUGUGACCUACCACAUGCGACAGGCUCAUCCUGGGUGCGGACAGCAUGCCGGGGGACAAGGUUACAACAGUGCAGGGCACUUCUGCGGGGGCUGGGCAGGAAACUGUGGCGAUGGUGGAAUCGGCGGGAGCUCUUGGUAUUUGAUUUGCAACCGCUGCCGGGAGAAAUAUUUGAAAGAUAAACGCCAGGCUAUGAAAGAGAAACAAAAGAAGACAAAGAAGAAGUCUACGCCGCUGAAACAACCGUCUAUAAUGGUUCCAUUAGAGCCACAUCUAGUCAUGAAAAAUAACGCAAUGUUCCUGCUUGAUCUUGCCAGUGCGGCCGGCUACAUGCUACCGCAAGAAAACCAGAGGAAACCGCACAUACGGAUGGAUAAUAAUCUACCAUGUGUCAGUGAAGAUGGGGUUAUCGACCAAAGCCCAUUCCCGCCUGUGCCAUUUUUGUACCUUUGCCACAAGGGGGCGCAGGGGGCUGAUAGUGCAUUUGCAGAGGAAGUGAUAUAUAGUGAGGAAGACGGAACGUUGAUACGGUCAGUGGAUUCUCCAGAGCGGAAUGGUCGACCGCCAUUUGGUACACCUGAUCCAAAGCAGAGGUUCUCAAAGUCGUGUACAAGUCCUGACUACAAGCCCGGGAUAUUCGUCAGUCAUAUAAGUCCGCAGGAGGAAUGUACUAAGAAGCCACCAGUCAAACAGCAACCCAAGAGUGCCCAGGUCAGCCCCGAGUCUGAUUUAGAGGCACCGAAGAGGGUCGUGUUCCAGAGGAGUAUCUCUGAACUUGCUACAGGCGACCAGCUGUCCUCGAGUGAUUGUACGGGUAGCCGGGUGGUGAUGAGACGCAGGAACAACAGUGGGGGAAUAGCAGAUGGAGGCAUGUCUUUACUAAAGCAUCCCUCAGCUGCCAUGACGAAGUUGAUAGGAUCCGUCGAUAAGGGUCAGUGUAAAGGAGGGGAUAAGUCGUUACAGCGGCCAGUCAUGUCGUUCAUCAUGCAGCGCCACGAUCUCGAAGGUCUACAGAUUGCCAUGAGACAGUCUCUCAGGAAGGCAGCUUGUAGAGUUUAUGCAUUCCAGGCUUUGAAUUGGCUAAUCAGGAGUACCUCACAACUGACCUGCCUCCACGACUUGCUUUGGUUCUGCGUGUCAUCCCAGAUGGCGCCGGUGAUCGAACACGAGGAGGAAGAUGAGGAGAAGAAGAAGAAGGAGAAGAAGGAUGCUGAACAGGUAGACAAGAAAAGACUUGUUGUGGUCGAAAAAAAGAAAAAGAAAAAAACUCGAAAAGAGCAUGAACAGGAAAAGGAUCGAGUAUGUGAGCACCCGAUGUCUGAUAUUAGUAUAGCGGGUGAGAUGGCAAAUAUAUUAGAGCAGGCGUUCCAUACAUUCCUACAGACAGUCUCAGACGUUAUGAUGUACCUCCCGUCAGGCAGCUCGUUACAGCAAAUGGCUGUGAGGUGUUGGUAUCUCAAGUUCCGUCACUCGGAUCAUCUGUUCUUGCACAAGUCACACGUGUUCAGCAACAUCAGUAAGAUUCUGUCAAAGUCGGACGAGGAAAACGACGAAGUGAUCUCAAUAUUGGACCAUACUCAGGCUAGUUCCAAGAUCCUCUCUCUUCGGGAUCUGACACCAAUGGUGGAGAUCAAGGCGUCCAGUCGACAGGCCAUGAUCAGCAGUCUAACAGAUAAUUCCACGGAGACAUUCUGGGAGAGCGGAGACGAAGACCGCAUCAAAGUCAAGUCGCUAACCAUCACCUGUAAUCAGCAGUCACACCCCAUGACCAUAUAUGUACACAUUGACAACUCAAGGGAUCUAGGGAACAAAGUUUCGAACGUUUCAUUCAGUUGUGGACCAAACGCUGACGAACUGUUGAAACAACAACAAGUGGAAGUCGAAGCUCGCCACAUCGGCUGGGUGCGCUGCGAACUCCCGGAAACAAACACCAAAGUCAUCAAGAUGGAGCUGAAAGGCCCGGAUAACACUCUACGGGUACGCCAAGUCAAGGUGCUGGGUGGGUUCGAUGGCGAGAGGAUGAUGAUUGGGGGUCAGCCGGUCAUGGCCGUGAUGCAGCAAAAGAACUGUGAGGCGGAGACGCUGAAGGUGUUCCGUCUGCUAACUUCACUGGUGUUCGGUCGACUCAUCUCCAAUGAUGGCUCCGAAGACAAAGAGCGUGAGGAGCAGAAGGAACUGGAAGGCAGCGACAUCGCGUGUGAGGGCGAGAACGACCUCAAGGAGCACAUGGUGGGCAUCCUGUUCAGCCGCAGCAAGCUCACGCACCUACAGAAACAGGUGUGCGCUCACAUCGUGCAGGCCAUCAGGAAGGAGACGGUACGGGUCCGGGACGAGUGGAACACGUCUCUCACCAAGAAAGUGCCAAAUGGUGAAAAUAUCAGGGGUUCUGAUGGCUACUGUUUUGAACUACUCUCCAUGGUGCUAGCAUUGAGUGGCUCAGCUGUAGGGAGAGCAUACUUGGCCCAUCAUAACGACCUGUUGCAUGAUUUGCUCACUUUGCUUCACACGGCUACACCAAGGGUGCAACGACAGGUGACGUCUCUCCUACGACGAGUCCUCCCAGACGUCACACCUCAUCGACUCGCCUCCAUCCUCUCAGUGCCAAAGCUCCCGCCUAAAGACUUCAGCGUAAUCACGGACUCGGCCAAGUCGAGUAGCAGUCUCUACAACUUUGAUUUGAAGCGGCCUGGCAUUCUUGAUGUGUUCUUGGCGUGUAUAGCCAAGGCACUGACUGUCCAGAUGAAAGUGAAGAAUGGUGCUGGGAAGGGUGUGACGUCAGUCACACUCGAGGAUUGUAAAGUAUUGCAUGAUAAGGGGGACAAACGUUGGUGGUUGCAGGGAAAGAUGUCACAUAAACUUGCAGGAAGUAUAGUGAAACUACUUAAGGACAUGUCCUCAGGCAAGUUGUCUGAUGCGUGGGCGUCUGUGACUAAAGGUGCUAUUGCAGAGGCCAUUGUUGCCUUGACGAAGCUGGAGGAGGCAUACAGGUCACCUAAUGACUGCAUAACAACUCCAAUGCUGUGGUUGGCACUGGCGUCGCUGUGUGUGCUAGAUAAUGAACAUGUGGAACGACUCUCCUCGGGUCAAUGGGUCAACGGACAAGCCAAUCAGCAGCGGCCAACAUGUGACAAUCAUGACGAUGGUGACACUGUGGCCAUUAUUCUGUGUACGUUAUGUGGCAACCUCUGCGCUGACUGUGAUCGAUUCCUCCACCUACACCGCAGGACCAGGUCUCAUCAAAGACAGGUGUUCAAGGAGGAAGAGGAGGCCAUCAAGGUUGACCUCCACGAGGGAUGCGGUAGGACCAAACUCUUCUGGGUUAUGGCCCUAGCGGACUCCAAGACCUUGAAAGCGAUGGUCGAAUUCAGGGAGGGAACCAAGGGGAAGAUUAGUGCCGGUAAACCAGGGAAUGUUGUAGGAACUUGCCGGUUCUGUGGUGCGACGGAUAGCACUGGGAUUCUCGCAAUUGGAAAUAUCUGCUCUGAUGCAGAAUGUCAGGAACACGCGAAGAAUGCUUGCAGUAAAACGCACCCCUGCGGCCAUCCGUGUGGGGGGUUCUGUAAUGAGAAUCCAUGUUUACCCUGCCUCCAUGGCUGCAAUAAGGAAGGGGACGGCUCGCUCAGGCAGGAUGCCGAUGACAUGUGUAUGAUAUGCUUCACAGAGGCGCUCUCCAAUGCUCCGGCGAUCAAGCUGAUUUGUGGGCACGUGUUCCAUUACCAUUGUUGCAGGAAGGUCCUCGAGAGGAAAUGGGUCGGUCCAAGGAUCACCUUCGGAUUCUCCAAGUGUCCUAUCUGCAAGGGUGACAUCGAGCAUCCAGUGUUGAAAGACCUCCUCGAUCCCAUUCUUGCACUGUACGAGGACGUCAAGCGCAAAUCCACGAUGAGGCUGGAGUACGAGGGUCUUCAUGUGGCCAAGCCGAUUUCGACGCCUGGGACAAGAUACUUCAGCGAUCCAUCCGGGUUUGCUAUGGAGAGAUAUGCAUACUAUGUAUGCUACAAGUGCAAGAAGGCUUACUACGGAGGCGAGGCCCGCUGUGAUGAGCAGGCAGCGGACUCCGAUGAAUACGAUCCCACCGAACUGGUAUGCGGCGGUUGUUCUGACGUCUCCCGGGCACAGAUGUGUCCCAAACACGGCACAGACUUCUUGGAAUACAAAUGCCGAUAUUGCUGUUCUGUGGCAGUCUUCUUCUGCUUUGGGACGACUCAUUUCUGCAAUGCCUGCCAUGAUGAUUUCCAGCGGGUGACCAACAUUCCAAAGAGUGAACUUCCACAUUGUCCUGCAGGUCCAAAGGGGAAACAACUAGAAGGCGAUGAAUGCCCUCUUCAUGUACAGCACCCACCUACGGGUGAGGAGUUUGCUCUGGGUUGCGGUGUCUGCAGGAAUGCGCACACAUUUUGAAAACACAGAACCUAGGAAAUUCUAAUGUUCUUCUCUAUUGCAUGUUGGGGAUUGAAUUGAUCGCGAUCAGAUGUGCUGCCCUUGAUUUAACUCGAUGAGGAAUUUCACCGAGUUGAUAACUGAUCACAAAGUAGAGAAUACUGAAGGCAAGAAUGCCAUGGACAAUUUCCCACUGGAUGUUAAGCAGACAGCUCCAGUAUCACAUACUGUGAGAUGAGUUUUCAAGCCACAGUCAAUCUUCUGUAAAACCUGAGCUUCGAGACUUCUAAUUCAGGGUGACAGUUCUAUGUGCUCUGACAUGACUGGUGUAGGCCUACUUGUGCAUCUUCACUGUCUAAAGCUUGUUUGAUACCUUAGAAUAAUAAAACUGGUGUACCGCUUGUGGAAGAAACAGUCUGUCUGUUUUCUGAACAGCCAGUAUCCCGAGUUGAAGCCAAACUCUCUUCAGUAUGUUACUUUUCUCUAUCUAUCUCUGCACGAAUCAACACUUCUGAUUUUCUUCUCUGUGCCACGUAGGUCCUCUCUAAAGCUGUAUGCUAUCAAUUUCCAGUCAGUUCCAGCGCUAUCAAACUGUAUAUAUUUGUGAUGGGUAAAGAUACGAAGGUCUGCUUCACAGGUCAUUAAAAAAAGCUAGGGAGUACUAGAUGUUUCUUCCUAUAAAUAUGCUUUGAACCAUUGCUUGUUUGAAUAAAAUGGAAGUCAAAAAUUCUCGAAUGAAAUCAAUUAAUCAAAAAUGUAUACCAGUGUGUACAUGUAGUUGCCUUUGUAGCAUUUCGACACAUACAAAUCAGGGGCAUUAGUUGAACCAAUGAAAUGGGGAACUGUUUGCAGCUAAAGAUGUUUUUAAUUUUCUACUUUUAUAACCGUAGAAUAACAUAUUCAAGAAAAUGGCUUUAAAAUCAUGUAAAAUUUGGCGCAGGCAUCGUAAUGAUAACUUUCUACUUCUUCUCUUUGAAAUGAUGUGGGGUCACCUGGGCGCUUUUUCCAAACUUUUGGGGGUCUUUUCUCAUGACUUUCUAGUAUACAUGACAUCACUCAUACCUCUAUUACUCCUCUCAUCAAUGAUACUUUUAAUGAAGUUUUCUUGUAGAUCUGCUUAAACUUUGCUUCAAUAUCAGCUAGACUUAUAUCUCAGUGCGUUGGGGACGAUAAAAAUGAGACUGAGCUAAGACACGUCUGCCCCAGGAAUCGUGAAUCGAUGUUGUCGUCGGACCAGGAUCUGUUGACGGCUUAUUGUAGAGUUGACGUCAGUCUGUUAGAGAGGUGACGUUGUGGCGGGUUGUGACAUGGUUGUGACAUCACUAGGUUGUGCCAUGUCCUCCCGUCUUUGUAAUGUGGAAAUAAAUCGGGGUUGCGUAGCGAUGUGAUAAGUUUUUCUGUUGUCGUAGUAUCGUGCUGACCUAGUUUCUAGGUGAUAUUAGUGUGUACAAUUUGUCAGAGACUAGGGCCAGCAGAAAAUAACCUUUAGUUGGAAUAGGUAAUGUUUGUUGCAUGUGCAUGUGUAGGAAAUGGUAUCAAACUUUAAAGUACCUUGUAGUGUCUCAUAGAUUAGAUAAAGGAAAUUUACUCGGACUUAAUUUAAUUGAUAACUUUAGUCAUCUGCUGUGGCCUCUUGUAAUGUAAUUUUCUUCAUCGUCCCGAUUGGGUCACAACCGCGCUAGUUUUUUCUAAUCCUUGGGGAUUGUACGUGUUUAAUACCCUGCCAGUAUUUUGGUUUGUGUUGUGAAUUUCGUAUGGUUGGUUGAUCUUAUGACGUUACCUGCUUCAACCCAGCCUAAAGAAAAAUCAAACUCGAAUUUGCAAACAUUUUGAUUGUGUACAUUGUAAAUACUUACAGAAUAUCCAUUUCAACAAUGCAGUUUUGUAGUCAGAUAUACAAAUACUAUGCCUACCAAGUUUCAGCAAAUUUUCAUGCAUAAUAACUGCACUACAACACUGUAUUUCUAUUACAAUGAACAUGGACAGCGUACGCCUUUAAAAGUUGUCUUGAGCAUGCUGUAGCCCAUACUCGCCACUGGACUGCGGGAAAUUUUGGUUGAAUUGACUUUUAAUUGCUGUCCCUGCUGUGUUUUGCAUAAUUUGGCUUACCCCUUAAGCAGGGGCUUGGAGUACUUCAAAAUGUAUUUGAUUUUGAAUGUUUGGGGAGCCCUGGGCGGGUUGAAAAAAGCUUGGGGAUUUGGCUCAAGUUUGGUUGAUUUUGAAUGUUUGGGGAGCCCUGGGGUUGAAAAAAGCUUGGGGAUUUGGCUUAAGUUUGGUUGAUUUUGAAUGUUUGGGGAGACCAUGGGGUUGAAAAAAGCUUGGGGAUUUGGCUUAAGUUUGGUUGAUUUUGAAUGUUUGGGGAGACCAUGGGGUUGAAAAAAGUUUGGGGAUUUGGCUUAAGUUUGGUUGAUUUUGAAUGUUUGGGGAGCUCUGGGGUUGAAAAAGCUUUGGGAUUUGGCUUAAGUUUGGUUGAUUUUGAAUGUUUGGGGAGCUCUGGGGUUGAAAAAGCUUGGGGAUUUGGCUUAAGUUUGGUUGAUUUUGAAUGUUUGGGGAGCCCUUGGGUUGAAAAAACCUUGGGGAUUUGGCUUAAAUUUGGUUGAUUUUGAAUGUUUGGGGACCCCUUGGGUUGAAAAAAGCUUAGGGAUUUGGCUUAAGUUUAGCUUAAGUCCUCUUGUUGAUGAUACUGCCUGAUUUGGGUGAUUUCUUGGGGCUGAAGAAUAGUGGUUAUACAGUGAGUGUCUUGAUGAAAUAUGUGUGAUAUAUUAAGUGGAUGCCUUUUAGUAAUAAAGGUUAUUACAUGUAGUAUAAUAUGUUAUUGACCUCUUUAUGGAGGUAUCUACUAUUCUAGAACACACCAGCUUUACAGUUUGGCUGAACUGUUGCUUGUAGAAGGGUGAUAAGGUUGCUAUGGUUUAAGCUUACUUUACAAAACUUGAUUUAGGCUCGAUGCUGGUUGUUUGGAAUUUGCAACCUCAAAAUAAUGGAAAUGUCUGUACAUGUUAGUACCAAGGAUUAAUACUGAGAAUGCCAUGCUGCAUGGGCAGAAAAAUAAUCGAUGAAGACAGGUUUCAGGUUUGUACAAGCUGUUCCAAACUUCUGUCUGCCUUCUUGAAUGAUUACCAGCAUCCUUAGCUACCCUUAACAUGUACAGUGAGGUACUAUUUGCCAAUGAAGUUACAGACGCAUGCUAAAUUUACAAUUUUUACUCUCGUGCCAACUGAUGGUCUCUAAACACUGUCAAAUAAUAUUGUAGGAGGUUCUUAAGCAUUGAACUUGUUUACAAUAAGUAAGUGAUUGUACAAUAAUUAGAACUGAUUGUACUAAAUGAUUAAUUGAUUCUCGAAUCUUUGAUUAGUUUUGGAUUUUCAUUGUCAUUACUGUUAUUUGUUUCGUAUUGGCGUUGAUGAAGAUGUCAUAUGUAAUUAAGUGGAUGUGUACAUACUAUAAAUACGUGUAAUCUCAGAUGACUUAGGAUUAAAGCUGCAUCACAAGUUCUCUAAAAUCAAGGAGAUUUUAAUCAUUGUAAUAAAAAUGUGUACAGAGUA